ACUAACCAGGGAGAGGAGGUGCUGAAGACAGGCCAAACCAGCUGCAACAGGGGAUCAGCCGGCAGGCACCCUCGGGGAGCGUACAGAACUCCCAGGAAGGAGUAGAAUAAGCAGCAGUCAGAGGAACAGACCCAGUGGCAUUCCUAGAGGCAGUGGCUGGGUUUAACAUGGAUCGCUAAAAGCAUUUCCUUGUCCUGUGAACUGGAUGGUCAGAGAGCUGCCUUCAGGACACAGAUUCACAGAGCUCAAACCAGGGACUGCUACUGACAGAAUCUGGAAAUGGCAAAACCUUAUGUGAAACCCAAGGAGAUGACAGAGUCAGUCAACACACCAUCCUGGAUGGACAAAGGUCUGGGCUCUCAGAACGAAAUGAAGGAGGAGGAGAGAAGACCAGGUGCUUAUGGAAUGCUUGGCAGCUUAGCUGAAGAGCAUGACAGUAUUGAGGAGGAAGAAGAGGAGGAGGAGGAUGGGGAGAAGCCUAAGAGAAGGGGUCCCAAGAAAAAGAAGAUGACAAAAGCUCGCCUUGAGAGAUUCAGGGCUCGAAGAGUGAAGGCCAAUGCUAGAGAGCGGACCCGGAUGCACGGCCUGAAUGACGCCCUGGACAACCUGAGGAGAGUCAUGCCAUGUUACUCCAAGAACCAAAAGCUCUCCAAGAUAGAAACUCUGAGACUGGCCAGGAACUAUAUUUGGGCUUUGUCUGAGGUCCUGGAAACUGGGCAGACACCUGAAGGAAAAGGCUUUGUGGAGAUGCUCUGCAAAGGGCUCUCUCAGCCCACGAGCAAUCUGGUGGCUGGAUGCCUCCAGCUGGGCCCUCAGUCUGUGCUCCUGGAGAAGCAUGAGGAGAAAUCUCCUAUUUGUGACUCCGCCAUCUCUGUCCACAACUUCAACUACCAGUCUCCUGGGCUUCCCAGCCCUCCUUAUGGCCAUAUGGAAACUCAUCUUAUUAAUCUCAAACCUCCAGUAUUCAAGGGUUUGGGAGAAUCAUCCUUUGGGAGCCAUCCACCUGACUGCAGUACACCUCCUUAUGAGGGCCCACUUACUCCACCCCUGAGCAUCAGUGGGAACUUCUCCCUGAAGCAAGAUGGCUCUCCUGACCUGGAUAAAUCCUAUAGCUUCAUGCCACAUUACCCCUCUGCAAGUCUAAGCUCAGGGCAUGUGCAUUCAACUCCCUUUCAGGCUGGUACCCCCCGUUAUGAGGUUCCCAUAGAUAUGUCUUAUGAUUCUUUCCCCCACCAUGGUAUUGGGGCCCAACUCAAUACGGUAUUUACUGACUAGGGCAGUAAGACCAGCAUUUCGGGGGAUAAUGUGGAGAUGUUUCUCAUAAUUCAAGUGGUUGAGCUGAAGAUUCAGUGACCUUACUGGAACCCUAUAGGUAUAUAUCAAACAUAAUAAUCUUAGUCCAUUUAGGCCCUCCUACACCUGUCACCCUCUUUCCUCAUCAAUUUCUCAAAUUGUAUUGAUUCCUUUAUUUAGCAUCCUCAAGUGAAAUUAUUCGAUUGUUUACAAUCUAUGUAAAUAGAACAGAAGCUCUGGGUCCUAUUCUAGUGGUGCCAAAAACUCACUGAAUGAUCUAUGCCAAGUAAUUUUCCAUUUCUGGCCUCUGUUUAAUUACUGGUAAAACCAGGCAGUUGUUCUAGGUCUAGGUGAUUCCUAAAGUCCUUUACAGUUCUCAAAUUUGGUGAUCAUUCUUAUAUACUUCUUGAAACUGAAAGGUUGAGGAAUAAGAGAAAAUGGACACUUGCAUGGAAUGACCAAUAAGGUUGCCAGAGGAGCAGUAGGUGAUGUCUCUCAGGUUCUUAUUGGAGGACUUCUCUGCAUCUAUCUAAAAAUAACCUCCAGAGGCUAGAAAUCUAACUUGGCUGUCACUGUGAAUAACAAAGCAUGUUCUUUAAGAGAUUAGCUCUGUUUCUUGUUGGGCUGAAAGCUGAACAUGGCUUUCUUAGUAAUCUGAGAACCAUAAUAGAGAUCUCAUCAACUUGAUUCUUGAUAACAUUUCAAAAGCACUUUUCUCGGUACUAGAGGUGGGGCAAGCAAGUCACUGAAACCUCAGACUCCGACCAGUGGGACUUAGAGACGUCAUCUAGACCAUUUUAUAGGCUCCAUAACCAGAGGGCUUGAAAUUCUGUUGAAACUCGGGUGCUGCUAUUGGAAUCAGCAAACAAUCCAGGUCAAAUUAAAGAGCAAUAAAAUGACUAUUGGAUCUACUAAUUAAUCGUAGCUCAGAGACUCCCUCCAGCUCACACCUGCCCAAAAGAAAAUCCCUAGAGUUUCUUUGGAAAGAUGAAUUUCAUUUGGUUAAAGAAAACAUGGUUAAAACCACCGACCUCUCUUCACACCAAUAUAGUAUUUACUAGAAGCACAAAUACCAAUUUAUUGACCAAACCUGAAUUUUUUCCAACACAUAUAUUAUUCCUUAUCUCUUCCCCCACUAAUUGUUCUCUCUUCCUGACUUCUAAAAUAUAAUAGGUUGUUACAUAUUGUAGAUAAUACUUCAAGUGACUGGACAUAGGGAUGCAGAAAUCAAAUUGGAGGUCAUAAAUGCUUUACCAAUCUAUGUCUUCAUCACAGGUUAGUCCUGAUUUGCAGAAUAUUUCUUCUUCUUCUUGUAACUCCUCUUUCCUUAAUAUCAGCACUAAUUUGUCAAAUUAUUUUUUUUCCCAGAGAAAUGUAACCUGAGAAAUAUCACUGUCCUGUUCAAUCUGCCAGGACAGUUAUUAAAACAAACCAAAAACCUAAAUGGUUUAUAUAAUAGUGGAUCACAUUGUGGUCCUGCCAGAGAAGAUAAGUUUAGGAUGCACAGUACACAAACAGGGCCAAUGAAUAAAACUGGUAAGGCAGAUCAGUAUGUCAUUUUCUCCAGCUCAGCUAUCCCCUAAAACUUGCCUGUGUAUCUUGACUUUUUUACCCUCUUAUUUAUUAAUAGUCUAAGUUAUUUUCUUUCCAUUUUUCUUGCAGCAUUAACCGUGCUGUAUUUUGUACCCUUGGUUUGUAAAUCCACUUGAAACCUGUAGAAAGAUCUUAAAUCCCAUCAGCCACCAAAGUGGUUUCUCCUCACUAUGAUUUGCCCUAGAGGGUAUAGGCAAGUAAAAUGACUUCUAAAGCCAUCCUAUGUUCUUUCUGAGGCUACACUGGCAUUUACCUUUGUGAGAGGCUGUGGGUGAUCUAUCCUUGAAGCUAGAAUUUUCUGGCAUUUAAAGUUGUAGAUAAUGAAUGUUGUCUGAGUUAUUUAUUAGAUAUUAUUUAUUUAAUUUAUUUCUCCCUUCCUUUCAUGAAAAUUCAUUGGGUUCCAUACAAGUACUUGCAAACCCUCCCUAAGGCUUCAUUUGGAAAGUAGCUCAUAAUUUUGCUAGGAAUUCCUGAGUUUCUGGUGAGAGGAAAGAAGGAAGUUAGUGCAGAAUCACCUGUAAUGAUUUUCUAAACAGAAGCAAUAAUUUGAAUGGCUAUGCAACUGUAAUAUUUUUAGAUAUUUUUUCCUACACUCUAAUCUAGAUAAGCCAGUUAUUUUUUGGGAAUCUGUUGUUUAUGCUUUUGGGAAGUAUGGUAACCAUGAAUAAGACCUACCUGGGAUUGUCCAGAGAAACUUUAUAAUUGAAUUAAAAUUUGGGAAUGCAGUAUGAUUAGAAAGAGCACCCUCUCCAACCCAGGGUGGUUUCAUUCUUCAGGGAACUUUAUCAGAUAAAGCAAAUCAAUUGUUUAAACUUUUUGUAAAAAAAAAAAAAAAGACUUUUUCCUUCCUUUUUCUAGCAGAAAUAAAGCUGUGAG